AUGGAGACCAACCAGGAAACGUCCCUCUUCUUGGUGAAGAUCUUGGAGGAAUUAGACAGCAAGCAAAAUACUGUCUCCUACCAGGACCUCUGCAAAUCCUUGUGUGCCCGCUUCGAUCUGUCCCAGCUUGCCAAACUGAGAAGUGUGCUCUUCUAUACAGCCUGUCUUGACCCCAACUUCCCAGCCACGUUAUUCAAAGACAAGAUGAAAUGCGCUGUAAACAACCAGCAGUCCAAGAAAAUCAUGGUGGCUGCGGACAUCGUGACCAUAUUCAACCUGAUCCAGAUGAAUGGGGGUGCCGCCAAGGAGAAGCUGCCUGGAGGCCGGCAGAAGAUGCGCAAGAAAGAUGCCUCUUUUGACUCGUGCCGCUCAGACACGGAGAUAUGCAGCGCGGCCGAGUGCGAGCCCCUCAACUGUGAGCUGAGUGACCGGCCUUUCAGCCGGGGCUACCCCAGCCGCCAGUCAUCCAAGUGCAAAAAGGUGGACUGCAAGGACUGUCCACAGUUCAUUCCUGCCUCUGAACAUGACUUCCUGCUGGGGGUCGGCAAAGAUGUGAAAACCCGGGCAGCUUCCCUGGACAGGCUGCAGGCUCUGGCCCCAUACUCGGUGGCCAGCCCUCAGCCCUGCGAGAUGCAGAGAACCUACUUCCCCAUGAACCUCGAGAGUGAGUCCAUGUCUGAUCAGGACUCCCUGCCCCUCCCCCAGGGCAUCAAGCAGACCUUCAUCUCGAACGACGAGCCCUUCGUGGUCCAGUCCUGUGUCCAGAAAAGGAACAUCUUCAAAGAGGACUUUCACAACCUGAUGGCCGUGUCCCCCGGGUUGACCAGCCCGGCCAACAAGGCCGAGGGCGAGCGCAGAAAGUCCCAGGCCCGCAAGGAAUCCCACAAGACGCCCUUCCCCCACCACAGCUUUGAGAUGCCCUACAGCAGCCAGUACCUGAACCCCGAGUACUCCCCAGUUCCUGACAAGAGGCGGGCAAAGCACGAGAGCUUAGAUGACCUUCAAGCCUCCACAUAUUUUGGACCCACUCCAGUGAUGGGGACCCAGGAGGCCCGGCGCUGUCCUGGCAAAUCAGGCAAGCAGACUCCCUGGCCGGCCAAAAGCUGGAGCCUCAACACCGAAGAAGUUCCUGACUUUGAACGGUCGUUUUUCAACAGAAACCCCUCCGAGGAGAAGCUCCGUUAUCCAAAUUCCAACAGUCAGACACCCAACUUCCCAACCCCGGACAGAUGCCCCGCUUACCUAACACCACAGGAUCAGCAGCCCAUCCUCCCAGUCGGCUACUCAGCAAAGCCCAAUGGGCUCAAAUCUAAAGAGAUCCCGCCCCCUGUGGACCUGGAGAAGCACGAACCAGUCAAAAAGUUUAAAGACAAGAGCAUCAGCUGCGCCAGCGGGCAGCUGAGCUCAGACACCAGCAGCGUGGGCACCCAGACUGACCUGCACGUGCUGGAGCCCAAAACAGGCAAGGACCUGUGCACUCCCGGGCAGGGCAAGUACAGCGACCGGCAUGCCGUGAAGCAUUCUGAUGAUGACUCGGAGGUGGUCAGUGAUGACAUCAGCGACAUCUUCCGGUUUCUUGACGACAUGAGCAUCAGUGGCUCGACGGGGGUCAUGCAGUCAUCCUGUUACAACAGCACAGGGUCCCUAUCGCAGCUUCAUAAGUCAGACUGUGACAGUUCGCCAGAGCACCACCUCACCAGAAUCACCAAUGGGCUCCCCGGCGGCCAAGGGGAGAAGGGCAGCCGGCCGGAAAACAGCCACCCCUCAGAAGAGGAGCUGAAGACCAGCGUGUGCAAGCUGGUGCUCAGGAUCGGGGAGAUUGAACGGAAGCUCGAGUCACUGUCGGGUGUGCGUGAGGAGAUCUCCCAGGUCCUGGGCAAGCUCAAUAAACUAGACCAGAAGAUGCAGCAGCCCGAGAAGGUGAGCGUGCAGAUCGACCUCAAUUCUCUGACCAGUGAGGCUCCAUCUGAUGAGAGUGCCUCGCCCCGGAUGUUCCGUGCCCACAAGGGUGCCCACGGGCCCAAGCUGGAGAACACGGCUGACUGGUGCUGCUCAGAUGCCAGUGGGAGCAACAGCGAAAGCCUUCGUGUCCAGGCCUUAAAAAAAAGCCUCUUCACCAGGCCGUCUUCCAGGUCCCUGACGGAGGAGAACAGCGCCACAGAAUCCAAGAUUGCCAGCAUCUCCAACUCACCCAGGGACUGGCGCACCAUCACUUACUCCAACCGCAUGGGCAUCAGCGAGGAAGAGAUCAAAGAGCGAGGUCCUGGAGACAGUAAAGACUGGCAUCGGAAGUCUAAAGAGGCAGAAAGGCAGUACGACAUCCCCCCGCAGCACCGUCUGCCCAAGCAGCCCAAGGACGGCUUCCUGGUGGAGCAGGUGUUCAGCCCUCACCCCUACCCCGCCUCUCUCAAGGCCCACAUGAAGAGCAACCCUCUGUACACGGACAUGCGGCUCACAGAGCUGGCAGAGGUGAAGCGGGGCCAGCCUUCCUGGACCAUCGAGGAGUAUGCACGCAGUUCGGGUGACAAGGGCAAGCUGACAGCCCUGGACCUGCAGACUCAAGAAUCUUUAAAUCCAAACAACUUAGAGUAUUGGAUGGAAGACAUUUAUACUCCGGGCUACGACUCAUUGCUAAAACGGAAAGAAGCCGAAUUCAGACGAGCCAAGGUCUGCAAGAUAGCGGCUCUGAUUGCUGCGGCUGCGUGCACGGUCAUUCUGGUGAUCGUCGUGCCCAUCUGCACGAUGAAAUCAUGAGCUGCUGGAGGCAAUGUUGCCGAUGGCUCGUGACCUCUGACGUCUCUGUCUGUAAUCUAAAAUCACGUGGCAGGUCAGGCACCACUUGUUGAAACAGAAACCAUGGAGGCUUUUCUGCAAAUGCUGAUGAUGGGCUUCAGAAAAUAUUCAUUCUAGAAAGAUGUCUACCUACCUAUUAGCUUUGACUUAAUGACAUGGAUGAAUUUUAAGAAGUGCAAUAUCUUUUCCUACCGAAAGAAUGUAAUGGACGACCAGUAGAUACAAACUGAAUUCUGGGCCAAAAAAAAAAGAAGAGGAAGGUUAAUUGGUUGGAUUCUUUCCAUUUCAUGGUGGAUAAUAUGCUAUAGAGGAGAUGGUUAAUACAUACUUCUUUAAUGGAAGCUAAGAGAGAGCAAGAUGAGAAAGAAAAGCCUGGGUUCUCUCUUCCUUAAUGUUCCUAGACCAUUGCAGAUGAAGUAACAGGAUAUGUUUCCAUAGGGGGUUACUGUUUACUUCUCUGCUGACUGUCAUCAAGGGCUACUGACUUUUCAUACUUGCCCUUCUGUCAUCAUGAUGCUCUUUGUUGCAGAUCUUCAUGGAAACAUUCCGGACCUUCUUCCUGGUGCCCAGGGUAGAAAGGUACUGGACUGCCAAGUCAGGCAUGGCAUGAAGUGACCUCUCUGCUUAAUAGGCCAAGGUCUUCAGGCUAGGAGACCUUCCAGUGGCCACCCCAAGCCAUGGGAGGGCUUCUCGCUAAUGAUGUAUGCUCAACAUUUGAAAGUCAAAGUAUCCCAAAGGACCUCCCAUCCUUGCCUUGGUGUGUGGGUCAUCUCCUCCAUCUUCUAUCUCCUGGUAGUACAGAUCCUCCACCUUUUACCAUGAGUUGAUUUUGGAACUUGUCCUUGUGCCUUGAAAAGUAGAGACAAUGGCAUAACUUUGACCUUCUAACUAUAAACCGUGGUUGCUGUGCACCAAUAAUACCAGCCAUUUCCAAUGGCUUUAAAAAGAUUUUGAAAGCUUGUCAAUAAUAUGAUAAAGGCUCUGAGGUGUUCUCAACUACUCCAGCACCUAUUCCAGAGUUUCAAAUAUUUGUCAGCAGUGCAAAAAAAAAAAAGAUCUAUUUAACCAUUUAUCUAUCUAUCUAUCUAUAUGUCUAUCUAAAUACCUAAUUUUGGUUUAUUGUCUUCUCUGUUAAUUAACUUGAGAGCAAGAUUUCUCCCAUGUAAGGAAGCCGUUGUCAUUCAUGAGAAUUUGAUCUCAGUUUCCACCUGUUGAAUGGUGCUUUGACAUAAGUGAACAGAAAGAAUCCUUUUCAGCGUCAGAUCCUAAUGUCUUAUUAUAGGUUAAAGAAAAACAAUGGACAAAAACUAUCUACCUUAAUUCUUCCGAGAACAAAGUGGAAUAUAAAUAAAUGUUGGUAGUAAGAAUUAUGUCAC